GCACCGGAAAUGUCUAUUGAGGAAAGGAUGAAAGAUGUCUGCCGCCUGAAGCUCCAGGCCAACCUUUGAGUUCUACAGACUCGGAAGCAAACUUGCGCGGAGAUUCACCCGCUGAUUGCCAAGUUUGCGGGUGGUGGAAAGCAGGAGUUGGGACAUGGACAGCCGAUUGCAGGAGAUUCGGGAGCGGCAGAAGCUACGGCGACAGCUCCUUGCACAGCAGCUGGGCGCCGAAAAUGCUGACAGCAUUGGUGCUGUGUUAAAUAGCAAAGAUGAGCAGAGAGAAAUUGCUGAAACAAGAGAAACUUGCAGAGCUUCCUAUGACACCUCUGCUCCAAAUGCAAAACGUAAGUAUCAGGAUGAAGGAGAGACAGAUGAAGACAAGAUGGAAGAAUAUAAGGAUGAACUAGAAAUGCAACAGGAGGAAGAGAAUUUGCCAUAUGAAGAAGAGAUUUAUAAAGAUUCUAGUACUUUUCUUAAGGGAACGCAAAGCUUAAACCCCCAUAAUGAUUACUGCCAACAUUUUGUAGAUACUGGACAUCGACCUCAGAAUUUCAUCAGGGAUGUAGGUUUGGCUGACAGAUUUGAAGAGUACCCCAAGCUGAGGGAGCUCAUCAGGCUGAAGGAUGAGUUAAUAGCGAAAUCAAACACUCCUCCUAUGUACUUACAAGCAGAUAUAGAAGCCUUUGACAUCAGAGAGCUAACGCCCAAGUUUGACGUGAUUCUCCUAGAACCCCCUUUAGAAGAGUAUUACAGAGAGACCGGCAUCACUGCCAAUGAGAAAUGCUGGACGUGGGAUGAUAUUAUGAAGUUAGAAAUUGAUGAGAUCGCAGCACCUCGAUCAUUUAUUUUUCUCUGGUGUGGUUCCGGGGAGGGAUUGGACCUUGGGAGAGUGUGUUUACGCAAGUGGGGUUACAGAAGAUGUGAAGAUAUUUGUUGGAUUAAAACCAAUAAAAACAAUCCUGGGAAGACUAAGACUUUAGAUCCAAAGGCUGUCUUCCAGAGAACAAAGGAACACUGCCUUAUGGGGAUCAAAGGGACUGUCAAGCGUAGCACCGAUGGUGACUUCAUCCAUGCCAAUGUCGACAUUGACUUGAUUAUCACGGAAGAGCCUGAAAUCGGCAAUAUAGAAAAGCCUGUAGAAAUUUUUCACAUCAUUGAACAUUUUUGUCUUGGUAGAAGACGCCUGCAUCUAUUUGGAAGAGACAGUACAAUUCGACCAGGCUGGCUCACUGUGGGGCCGACCCUGACCAACAGCAACUACAACGCGGAGACCUACGCGUCCUACUUCAGCGCCCCGAACUCCUACCUGACCGGCUGCACGGAGGAAAUUGAGAGGCUGCGCCCCAAGUCGCCCCCUCCCAAAUCGAAGUCGGAUCGGGGCGGUGGGGCUCCCCGGGGUGGGGGAAGAGGAGGAACUUCCGCCGGCCGCGGACGGGAAAGAAAUCGCUCGAACUUCCGAGGAGAAAGAGGUGGCUUUCGGGGGGGCCGCGGAGGAGCACACAGAGGUGGCUUUCCACCGCGGUAACGGCGCCGAUGCUGUUCGUGCCUCCCCGCGCCCUGGGCUGACGCCUCCUUUCGUGCUGUGGGGCUGUCUAGCCAGCCUCCCGUGUGGCUGGCACUCACCCUGCCUAGUUUUGUCCAGGAUGAAUGUGCCAUCUUUCCCUUUGUCACGUGCAUGGAACCAAACAGGACGGAACCACACAGACGCCUUCACUCCAGAGACUGAGUUCUCGUAGAUUCCAGCUAAUGACAAGGCAUUUGCUUUUUGGAAAUAGUUGACGUGACAGUGGGAGAGCCCAGCCUGCAGCAUCGCCCCGGUGCUGACAGCAGUUGACACGGGGUGUCCUGCCACCGCUGCCACAGCCGAUGGGGACCUGUUUGGGAGCCCUGACAGAAGGGAGUUGGGACAGGCGGUAAAUUUCUGGUAGGGCUGUAACGUGUUCUUCAUGAAACAAGACGUUGAGCAAACUCCUCUCCCCCCAAACCGGAACCUGCUGGGGAGGUGGCACUGCCAGGGGUGGGCAGAGGGGGAAGCCAGUGGGCAGACUCAAGAAGAGAGAGCUCAGCGGAGUCGCAGUUUUGUAGCCACAGGUGACGUCAUCACGUUUCCUGAGAUGUAGACAGGACGGAUAUCUAAUGCUAGAACUCUGCUGUGGACUCGAACUUGGAUCAACUGUCAGUGCGGUCUCAUAUUCCUCAGCACAGCGAAGGUGGGGGGCGACCACAGAGGCCCCCGGUGACCACAUGUGGGGGAUUGAGUCCUGGGUGAUGAGGAAAGGACACGGCUUUACACUGGGUACAGAGACGACUUCGUGUAAAACCCGUUGCAGAAAACCCUGAACUUACUUAAGAAGACAGCUUGGGAAACAGAACUACCGUUGCCUUCUAUUAAAACCGUGUUUUUAAGGGACUCGUUUUGCAGAUCAGUUAGAUGGAUAAGACUUGAUGCUGUCAUUCCUCUUUCUAUGCUGUAACUUGUGUUUUAAAUGAACCUGAUAAAUGAAAUACCAUUAUUCUUGAUAAAUGUA